CAGAGACCCGAGAGUGGCGGCGGGGGGGAGGGUGGGGGGAAGGAAAGAAAGGCGGCCCGCUGGGGAUGGAGGGGGAGAGCACGACGGCGUUGCUGCCGGGCUUCCUCUUCGGCGCCCUCGCUUUCCACCACCUCAGCACCGACUCGGAUUCGGAAGGUUUUCUUCUUGGAGAUGUGAAAGGUGAAGCCAAAAACAGCAUUACUGACUCUCAGAUGGAUGAUGUUGAAGUUGUGUAUACAAUUGAUAUACAAAAGCACAUUCCAUGUUAUCAACUGUUCAGCUUUUACAAUGCCGCUGGAGAACUGAAUAAACCAAGGUUGAAGAAAAUAUUGUCAGGGUGCAAAAAGAAUGUGAUUGGUUGGUACAAGCUCAGGCGUAAUACUGACCAGACAAUGACGUUCAGAGAACAGCUUCUUCACCAGCACUUACAAUCACACUUAUCAAAUCAGGAUCUUGUGUUUCUGUUACUCACUUCCAACGUAACCUCUUCAAGCUUAUCCACUUACAAACUUGAAUAUGCCUUGCAUAAGCCACAAGAGGGGCUUUUUCAGAAAGUGCCACUAGUUGUAGCCAAUCUAGGAAUGGCAGAACAACAAGGUUAUCGAACUGUAUGUGGUUCCUGUAUCUCUUCGGGCCUUGAUAAAGUGAUGGCAGAACACAGGUCAGAAUUCUUUAAUGAAGAUGGAUCUCUAAAAGAGGUUCAUAAGAUUAAUGAAAUGUAUUCUACUUUGCAGACAGAACUAAAGAAUUUGUGCAGUAAAGUAGUGGAUAGUGAAAAAUCAGUAGAGAAUCUAUUAUCACAAAUAGAUCAGCUGAGACAAGAAGUAAGAAGCAAAAAAGAACAAAAGAAAACUACAGGAAAGGAUAGAAAUUACUCAGAUGAGCCAAAAGAGAAUAUUUUUCUCUGUCAAGCUUUGCAGCACUUUUUCCCAAAUUCUGGGCUGCAGACAAGCACGGUUACGUUAAAAGGAAGGCAGAUUUCUAAGCAGGGUUGCACUGCUGAUCACAACAUCCAGAUCAUGGACCAAUUAACUUUAAUGAUCAAAGAAAGUCAUUUUUUCCCUGAAACUGAAACCAGGCAGGGAUCAAAGCGAAAAGCCGUUAUGAACGCAAGUGGCCCGAAGGCAUGCAAAAGACUGCGCUCUUUCCACCUUAAUCAAAAACUAUUUCAAGAAGACCAGGAAAACAACGACCAAGAAUUAAAUGUUACAAGUAACACCAACGCAGCUGAAGAUGUGACACCUUCAUAGGCACACGCUGUCUUCAACUCUUUAAUUCCUUCCAGUGGCAAAGGGUUUUAGUUGUUAUUCUCACCUCACUGGUGCUGCUGGUGUUAGUAGCAUACUUCAUUAAUACAUGGAAUAUUUGAGCCAACGUUUUGGAAAUAAAACCUCACCCUUUUAAAUCGGCAUCAUUCUUACAACGUGGGCAAAGGUUCAGGUUGCUUUUCUUCACUAAAUCUUAAAAUUGCUUACAGGGUACAACAGAAAACAGCAAAGACCAAGAACCUACCUGUUUUUAAUAAGAACUUUAUUAAGAAUACAAUGGUACUUCCUUUAAAUAGCAAAGCUGGUUUCGAAAUGAAGUGUUGAUCCCAGAAUCAAACACUUUCGUGAAAAAGACCAGUCUAUGAAUUCCAUUCACAGUUAUGGCUUUACAUUGUGUUUUAAUACUUCAAAUUUCUACAACCUUAUUACGUAUUUGAGCUAAAAUGUGUAAGCAAAACUGAAUUUUUUGGGGGGGGCGGGGAAUGAGCCCAAGAGAUGCUAAUUUAAAGUAGGGGUACAGUAUCAGUAGGUAAAAGGAUUUAUUUCAGGGGUGAAAUGCUCCCAGUUUGGACCGGAUUGCUCAAUCCGGUAGCGAUGGUGGCAGGUGGUUCGGAGAACCGGUAGGAAAAAAUCCCUGCCGCGCCCCUCCCCCACAUGCCCAGCUGAGCCGCGCAAUCAUCAGAGGGUUUUUUUUUUACUUUUAAAAACACUUUGUCUUCAGCCAAAAAAAUGCUUUUAAAAGUUAAAAAAAAACCACCCCUGAUGAUCACGUGGCUCAGCUGGGAUUGUCAGAGGCUUUUAAAAGCAUUUUUUUACAACCUCAUCGGCUGAAGAGGCUGUUCAAAAAAUGCUUUUAAAAGGCUCCUCUGGCAAUCCCAGCUGAGUUGCCUAAUCAUCAGAGGCUUUUAAAAGCAUUUUUUUACAACUUCUUCAGCCAAAGAGGUUGUAGAAAAAAUGCUUUUAAAAGUUAAAAAAAAAAGUUGGCCACGCCCACCCAGUACAUUACCCCACCACCACCAAGCCAUGCCCACAGAACUGGUAGUAACAAAUUUUAUAUUUCACUCCUGAUUGUUUUCUAUGCUGUAUCUUAA